GUUUUCGGCACGGGAGUUUUCGUAAUUUUGAAUUUCGAUUUCGAAUGUCAUGAUAGGGUUUAUCUCUACUUGCCGCGGUGUUUAAUCAUAUAAAAUUCUUUCAGUGUGUUGAUAUAAUGAACUUCCCAAUCUUGAAAAAUGACAGACUGUUGAGAGCAGCCAAAGGUGAGGAAGUGGAUAGAAUUCCUGUGUGGGUCAUGCGCCAAGCUGGAAGAUAUUUACCUGAAUUUCGUGAGCUUAGGUCCAAACAUGAUUUUUUUACAAUAUGUCAAACACCAACCCUUGCAGCUGAAAUCACUCUUCAGCCAAUCGAUAGAUUUGACUUAGAUGCUGCCAUCAUAUUCUCCGAUAUUCUUGUGAUACCGCAAGCCUUAGGAAUGACUGUUGAAAUGAAACCAGGAGUUGGCCCUGUUUUACCCGAGCCCUUAAUCAAGCCAGACGAUAUUUCAACCUUAAAAACUCCAGUAGAUGUGCAUUCAACUCUGAACUAUGUCUUUGAAGCCAUCACCCUUACAAGGCACCGACUGAAUGGCAAAGUACCCCUCAUAGGAUUUUCAGGGGCACCAUGGACUUUAAUGUGCUACAUGAUUGAAGGAGGUGGUUCAAAAACUAUGUCAAAAGCCAAACACUGGCUUUACAAAUAUCCAGCUGAGAGCCAUACCCUUCUCAACAUUUUAAGUGUAGUUGUCAUUGAUUACCUAGUAGGACAAGCUUCUGCAGGCGCCCAAUUGCUUCAAGUGUUUGAGUCAAAUGCAGAAUAUUUGGGCCCAGACAUGUUUAAAAAAUUUGCCCUCCCUUACAUCAGUUCCAUAGCGAAAACUGUAAAAUCCAAGCUAAAGGCUCUUAACAUUGAUGUACCAAUGACAAUAUUUGCAAAGGGUGCACAUUAUUGUAUUCAAGACCUUUCAAAUAGUGGUUACGAUAUUGUUGGUAUUGACUGGACAAUAGAUCCCUCUGUUGCUAGACAAGCAGCUGGGAAUAAAGUCACUUUGCAAGGAAACUUAGAUCCUUGUGCUCUGUACAGUAGCAAAGAAAAUUUGCCAAACCUUGUGAAGGAAAUGGUUAGUAAGUUUGGCAAAAGUAGGUAUAUUGCAAAUUUAGGUCAUGGUAUUUAUCCAGAUAUGGACCCUGAAAGUGUUCGUAUUUUUGUUGAGACUGUUCAUAGCUUUUAGAUUUUUGUGCCAGUCCUUUAAUUUUAAUAAAGUAAUUCCAACAUGCUCACAGGUCCACUUUGUUACAUUUGUUAUUACUUGUGCAUAUCAAUUGUUCUUCUUAUCUGAAGUGUUUGUAGCAAGUUACAAAUUGUAUAUUUUCCCCCUCUCUUCAGUAACUUGUUUCCACUUCAAUCAUAUUUGUAUUUGUCAUAUAUUUUAUUAUUAUACUGUUAAUUUACAUCAA